AUGUCCGACGGUCGCCAUGUCUCUCAAAAUGAGGAUAGAAAGCCUCAAGCGUCCAAUAUGAGCGUCGCAAACUCCAAUGUCGUCGUGAUCGGUGGCGGUAUCGUGGGUGCCUCGAUCGCUUGGCAUCUCUCCUCCGAGACAAACGUGACCAUCAUCGCGGAAGAUAUCGGAGGAGUAGCUACUCCCAACUCAUUCGCUUGGCUUAACGCUGCUUCGUCGGAUAAGAAGUUUUACUACGACUUUCGACUUCGGUCUCUCGAGCAUUGGAGGGAGAUUGAGAAAGCUGUUGAGAACUUACCUAUCCAUUGGGGAGGUACUACGAGCUGGGAUAAAUCGCCUGAAGAACUUGAGGAGGAGCAAAAGAACCUGACUUCCUGGGGCUAUGAUGUUAUCCGUGUUGAUAAGACGGAGAUAUCAAAGAGAGAACCCCAUAUUGAAGAGACGAAGCUUCCGGAAUGGGGUCUUGGUUAUGAUCAGGAGGGAGCUCUGGAACCUGAAAACGCGGCUGAGUUACUGAUCAACCUCGUAAAAGAUAACGGCGCCAAAGUCCUCGAGACCAAAGUAGCAGGGCUCACUAAGAAGGACGGUCACAUUAGUGGUGUUACUCUCUCAUCCGGCGAAACCAUUCCAGCAGACCAUGUCGUCGUAGCCGCAGGUCUAGGUAGCGUCUCCCUCCUCGCAUCGCAAAACAUCCCCCUCCCACUGAAAAGCACAGCUGGUCUUCUCGUCAACACAAAACCCACCCCGAAAAAGCUUAUCAACGGCGUAAUAAACGCUCCCGAAUUACACAUCCGUCAAACCCUCGAAGGAGCCUUGCUUUUCGGCUCAAGCUACGCGGGUGGAGACCUAGGCGACGAUCCCGAAAAGACAGCACGUGAACUCUUCACCAAGCUUCAGACGUCAGUUGUAGGUGGCGAUGAGCUUGAGUUGAGUCACUAUACUAUUGGCCAUAGAGUAUUGCCUGAAGAUGGACUGCCGAUUCUUGGAGAGACGGGACUAGAUGGACUUAGUGUUGCUGUGAUGCAUUCUGGGGUUACGAAUGGAGCUCUUGUGGGGCAGUUGUUGAGCAGGCAGAUACUCACUGGGGAGACGGAUCCUAUACUGGAGAAUUUCCGACUCAGUCGUUUUGCAUGA